UGCAUUCGUGUCACAUAAAAAGAUGUAUUCUGCAGUAUUUGUAUAACACACGGACACUGACAGAUGAGACUUGUUUUUAAUUAUAGCUGCUUUGUUAGUGAUCGUUUUUGUCCUUCCCAACAUCGCAGACUUGAAUCCAGCCAGUUAAAUUUUUUUAAAAGUGUUUUUUUGGGUCACAGUGGGAGAAUGAACACAGUUGAAAGUGUUUUGGCUGUAUUAUCGCCACGCCGCUUGUGUUGUACAUCCUGCAGCUGAUCGAGAGGAGUCACCUCGGUUCACCCAGCAGCAGCGGCCUCCAUUUUAACUUCAACACCGAGCUGCACCUCACGUGUCCUGGGCUGUCUCUCUCACAUGACCCGAGUGUUUGUUCCCGUGAUCAGCACUUCCAUCUCCGUCUCUGUGACACCGAAUAUCACUUUUUAUUUUAACCCUGAUGGAUAUGCUUGAACAGAGUCUGGACAGCGCAAGCCAAGAAAAGCAAGAAGAAGAGGUUGUCCAGGCAUCUGAAGACGGAACAGGAGAAGAGCAGACAGCUGUUACAAUCGCCAGUGUUCAGCAGGCUGCAGCAUUUGGUGACCACAACAUACAAUACCAGUUCCGCACUGAGGGUGGACAGGUGACAUACCGUGUUGUUCAGGUGACUGAUCAGCACCUUGAGGGAAGAGAUGAUGGAGGAGGAGCAGUGAGCGUCGUCUCUACAGCUGCCUUCACUGGGGCUCCUCAAGCUGUGGCUCAGGCUGUGAUCCAAAACCCUUUCAAUAAUGGAGGAAGCCCAGCAGGAGAGGCGGUGGGAGGGGAGACGCGCUUCGCUUACUUCCCCGCAACCGCAGUGAGCGACGGGACUGUGUCUCUGCAGGCCGCUGCAGACCCCACACUCACACAGGCAGGGGGUCAGUUUUAUGUGAUGAUGACCCCUCCUGAUGUCAUUCAGACAGGCACGCAACGAACCAUCGCCCCACGCACACAGUCCUAUCCUGCAGAUGAAAACGAGGUGCUGCAACAUGAAGGUUUAAACUGGAAAAUGGAUGGACCUCGAACACCAAGGGAUGAAAGGAGAAGAGCACAACAUAAUGAAGUUGAGCGGCGGCGAAGAGACAAAAUCAACAACUGGAUCGUGACUCUCUCCAAGAUCAUCCCAGACUGCAAUAUGGACAGCACCAAGACUGGAGCAAGCAAAGGAGGCAUCCUGUCCAAAGCUUGUGACUACAUCCGUGAGCUGAGACAAAGCAACCAGCGACUGCAGGAGAGUCUGAAGGAAGUAGAGAGGAUACAAGUGGACAAUGAGUUGUGCAGGCAGCAGAUUGAGGAGCUGAAGAAUGAGAAUGCUUUGCUCAGAGCGCAACUCCAGCAGCACGGCAUUGAGAUGGUUGGGGAGACACCACCGCAGUGAAAGAGACAAAGAACGGGGAGGAGCGCCACUACUCAGACACAUAACUGACACCGUGGAAAAGAAGGCGAGAUGAAGGACUUGUGAAGAAUCACUUUCUUUUUACUGAAUUCCCUGGAUUCCCAGGUUGUGAACCCUUCGCUGGCCAACUGUGGCUGUACUUGACUGUUCCAAUCCCAUUGAGAUAACCACCAGAUACAACUUGGUUGAAAUGUGCUCCAAGAAAAGAUGCUAUGAGAGAGAACCUCUGCUGAACUCCUCCCUUGGUUUGUAUUUAUGUAGCCUCACUCAUGGACUAUGACGUUUGUCAUUUAAUUUUGUUCCCCGUCAGUGUAUGUUUUCCCCUCGAUUAUUAAUUUUGACUUAGCUCAUGCUCUUAUUCUGUUUGUGUUUUUGAGUUCUAUAUUAAUAUGUUGUUUUUAGCUGCUUUAAUUUAUUAGUCCGCUUGCUGACAGAAGCCUUGAUGGAGACCAGUUACAUCAAAUCUCACACACCCCAGAGAAGCAGAUUGAAUUUCAAGUGAGAAAACAUCAAAGUGUGCAAAAAAAACAUUAUGAUUCUACAGGCAGAAAUAAUGUGACACACAUAGCUUACCUAGAUCCAAAGACAAACAAGGAGCUGUGCUAGCCUUUGGUUCUGGAUGAUUAAUGUAAAUAUGACUCCUCAUGUUUUAAUUCAGAUGUUACAGAUGUUACAGAAUGUUAGAGCAGUUUAUCCCAGGAGUAAACAAUCAAUAACUCAUUAACUCUACGUUAGCCCUUUGUUAUAAUAAUUACCAUAAAGUGUGUGCAAUAGUGAAGCUUGAUUUGGAAAAAAAAUGAUAUACUUGAAUUGUUGGGCAUUUGCUUAACCAGGAAAAUAACUCAAAAAGUCAACACAAUCACUUGCAACUGUUUAGCUAUUCAAUAACAAAGUGAAAUGUGGGACAUGUUGAUGAUUGACAAGCCCAGUGCACAUGAUCGUGGACCGGGGAGGAGUGCGGUGCAAAUUUCAAUUUUUGCCAAAUUAUAAAUAGGUACUGUGGAGUUUAUUUUCAUCUUUUGUUCAUUUAUGAUUUACCGGUGUCUUACGUGUAAGAAUAAUCCCCACUUGUUUCAUUUCAAGCUGUAUGCUCUAUUUUGGUAUUGCAAUACUUCAAAUGGAGCUCAACGCACAAGGGGGGGAGGCACCCUGGAGAGCGGCACUCAAAGACUCUCGACUCACUAUGGAAAAAGGAGUUCACAGUAAUUCUGUGUUGCACUUCUUAGUCGAGCACAACUUGUUCUCCAUGAAAAGAUGGAAUAGUUGGAAAAUGGAAAACUUGGAAAUGAUCUCACGUGUCUCCACCCACUCAGGCGAACAAACAGUAAACAGUAAUUGGUUGUACAAACAGCGAAAGCCAAUAUUAACAUUGUUGACGAUUUUGUGAAUGAAUAUACAUGAUGUGUUUUUGUUCUGCUCUGGGCGGUGAGAGUGAAAGUGGAAGAAAGACAUCAGGCUUCGGAGCCACUUAUUAGAGCACGAUUGCUUCUCCCUGUGUCAACAGCUCAGGAUCGAGCAAAGCAAAACCAACACUCAGACCCCUGGCAAAAUCAGGCAGACUAUCACAUUUUAAUAUCUGAGACUCUGUAAGUUAACAGCUUGUGCUUUGGAAGUGCUCUUCUGCUACUACUGCUAGAUUCAAACCUGAUAUGGAUAGUGCAAGUGUCUGAUCUAUCAAAAGAGGCUUCUAGCCAAAGUUGAGUGAUAGAUGUUUUGCUGUAGAUUUUUUUUUUUUUUUUACAACUCAGUAUGAGGAGAGCAGAGAAUGUGAAGACACGAAUGUUUGGGAAAAAUGGAUGUUCACAUGGAAGGUCAUUGGUGGCUAAUUCUUUUUUUCUCGCAUUUCUUUAUUGAAAUGGUAAAAGGAAGAAAAAAAGACUCAUUUUCUCUGUAGCAGCCUCACUGUUCUCAGGUUAGAUUGUAAGACAUCUUUUCUAAGUAAAAUGGUGGAAAAUAAAAUUUCACUAGCUAAUAGCCUUAA